AUGUCAGCCAUGAAAGCGAGUAAUGAGUGCGAAAUGAAAACAUUGAGGGCACAGAUCAACACAUCUGGAGAUUCAAUGCAGACAAUGGCCGAAGAUAUCAAUGAUUUACAGCAAAAGUUGUCGACUUUAGAUAAAAGUAAUGAAGGAGUGGUUACAGAUAUAGAGGUGUUGUCGGAAAAUGUGAUUUAUUUAAGUGAAGAGUUUCCCAAUUUUAUGGUGAGGACUGAAUCCGAUAUAAAGACACUUAAAGCUGAUCUUAAGAUAGCCAUGGAUUCAAUGCAGACAAUAGUUGCAGAUAAUAAUGAUUUGAAGCAAAAAUUGUGUGAAAUGUCGACAGAAAACAAUGAAUUGAGUGAAGAGUUGUCGGCAUUGAAGGCAUCAAAACAUAUCAUUGAAUCCGAUGUUAAACAAUUGGCUCAAGAAAUCAGUGAUAAGAAUAUUAGUUGUUCAGCGAGUGUUGAACAGGACUUGUCCUCAAACUCUUCAUCGAUCGGAUCCCACAAUCAAUUGACCACUAAUUCAGACAAAACCAGAGAUGAGACCAAUAUUCAGGAGAUAUUCACUGAAAUCAGAGAUCAAAUCAAAGAUCAAAACAAAAUAACAAACAAUUUAUUGAAUGCAUUGUUGAGAGAGAAGGAGAAGUCGUUGACAGCACUCGAAGGCAUCACACAAUCGGUCGAAGACUUGGAUGACAGCGAAUGCAUCUCCGGUACAGUGAGGGGACACACCAUACAAGUGCUCAGCAAACCUGUCAACGCGUUCAUUGGUAUACCAUAUGCUGAGCCACCGGUCGGGCCGUUACGGUUUGCGAGGCCUAAACCACUGACCAAACCAUUGCCGGGUAUAAUCGAUGCGACCAAACCUAAAAACUCAUGCAUGACUGGCGGCACCGGUCAGAUGGGAGAGGACUGUCUGUAUGUAAACAUAUGGGCCCCGCAUAACACUACGGGAGCUUUAAAGCCGGUGAUGUAUUGGAUAUACGGCGGUGGUCUCGGCUCCGGUAGCAUAUUCUCGGGCGCCAAUGACGGCAAGGCUUUGGUUGCCAACGAUGUGGUCGUGGCGUCGGUUAAUUACCGGCUCCGCACGUUUGGCUUUCUCUAUGGAGGGCCCGAUAGCGACGCGCCCGGGAAUAUGGGUUUCUACGACCAGGUGCUCGGUUUAAAAUGG